AUGGCUUCUCAAGAUUCUUUAAUUCUUGGUAACGAAUCAAGACCUCCUGUUCUGUAUCAUGAUUGUUACCCACUCUGGAAGAAUAGAUUCUUAAACUGGAUUAAGAAACAACCUCUGGGGACUGAUAUUCUUGCUUUAAUCAAUGAUGGUCCAGUUGAACACAUCAAUCCAGUCACCAAAGAACCUCUUCCACCUGAGAGUUGGAAUACUACCCAAAGAAAUAGAACUCAAGGUGAUAAUCUUGCUUUACAUCAUCUCUACAUGGCACUUCCAAAUGAUAUCUACUGUAAUGUAGACUCAUAUGACACUGCAAAGGACAUCUGGGAUGAAUUAGAAAGACAACUUCAAGGAUCUGAUCUAUCAUCCACCAUUCGUCUCUCUAAUGUUUUUCAUCUCUAUAAAACCUUCAAACAAGAAAAGGGUGAAUCUCUUCUAGAUGCCUACACCCGUUUCUGCACUAUCAUUAAUGCUUAA